CCCGACGCUGCCUUCUCUCCCUCUCACCUUCGUGUCGCGUCCCAUCCGCCCUCGUGUCGUCUCGUUGGACGCGAAGUCGCCCCUGGGUCACCGAGGUUUGUUGCCAGAGAUCCCCCCACGUCUGCACAACGGUUCUUCCAGAGCAGAAUGUCGGUCCCGGGCCCUCUCCUUUCCUUCCGUCGGCCGAGCACCUUCGCGUCCGCGUCCUCCACCCCCGCACCUGCGAGGCUUGUAGGGCGUGCUCGCGUUCCCCGCGUUGCAGUGCGGGGGAUCAGCCAGUCCUCCGCGUCCCAAAAGGCGAUCCCGUUCGCGCUGAAUACCGGUCGCGCUGAGACUGCGCCUGUCAACGAAGUCCGUCGUGGAGGACAGACGUUACGGAUGAUCAUGUUCGGCAAACCGGGCGCUGGGAAGGGCACCCUCUCUUCACGGCUGGUGAAGAAGUAUGACAUUGUGUCGCUGUCUACUGGGGACCUGCUUCGGCAGCACAUCGCGGAAAAGACUGAGAUUGGUCUGAUGGCGGAGGAGAUCGUCGCCGCGGGCGGCCUCCUCCCUGACGAAAUCAUGCUCAAGGUCGUGACAAGUAAGCUCGAUUUGCUACGUAGUAAGCAUUGGAUACUUGACGGUUUCCCGCGUACGCUUGGCCAGGGCAAGGUGCUCGACGAACACCUUUCACAACAAGGGACGCCCUUGAGCCUCAUAGUCAACCUCGACGUACCAGACGACGUGAUCCUGAGCCGCAUCUCGGACCGAUGGGUCCAUCUGCCCUCGGGCCGCGUAUACAAUCUCUCGUACAAUCCGCCCAAAGUCGCAGGCCACGACGACGAGACCGGGGAGCCCCUCACCAAGCGUCCGGACGACAAUCCCGAGACCUUCGCGCGCCGCCUCGAGCAGUUCUACGCCUCGACUUCCCCGCUCCUCGCGUAUUACGGCGCCCAGGCGGCGGGCGGGACAUCGACGAAGCUCGUGAGCCUGGCCGGCCGCACGUCCGACGAGAUCUGGCCCCAGCUCGAGAGCGUGGUCCGGACGAACUUCCCCGCUGUCAAGGAGCGGCAGGAAGGCAAGCGUCGGACAAGCUUGUCGGAUGCCGUGCUCGCUCGGCGCGGGCAGGAGCUGCCGACAAGGUAA